AUGGGAGGAGAUGAUUGUGGCUACCUCUUUGAUUGCUUGGACACCGUACUGGAAGACUCGCGGAUCUACUAUGGUGUUCAACAUUCGGCUUACCUCAUUUGGAUAACUGAGGUGUGCGUCUCCAUGCUACUGAUGGGCCAGCUACCAACGCUGAGCGAGCGCCUCAAGAAAGCAUACGUGUACAGCAAAUUCGCAGCCUCCAUCGUCAUUUUCUCGGCAGGUGUUUCCUUGGCGACCUUUCUAAGGUUUCCUUGUCCAGAAUCUUGCGGUUCUCUCUGCAAGGCCGCCACACCUGGAUACCUGUAUCCCUUUGUUCUCAUAAUGGCGGGAAUCUGUAUCUUUUUGAGGACAUAUAUGCGUGGAUCGGCCAUGACGAGAACAGCAACAGCCAGAGAGAUCCUUCAACCUUCUGUCAGGAUAACCGAGAAAAAGCCCGGGAUGUCAAUCGGCGAGGACUUGAUCAACGCGACGGAAUCUAGCGUAGACGACGACGACGACGGCUCGGAGCCAGAUGUGGCAAUGGUGAUGACCUAG